AUGGAUAAGUGGAGUGGAAAGACAGCAAUUGUGACGGGUGGAUCAUCAGGAAUUGGUGCAGCAGUCGCAUCAGAAUUACUAUGCAAUGGCAUGAUUGUAAUCAACUUGGAUAGAAACAUAGAUGAGACGAUGGUUGAAGAAAUAAACAAUAAGAUGUCCACCGGAGGUGGAAAGCUGUAUGCAAACAAAUGUGAUAUAUCAGAUAUGAAGUCCCUUAAGGAGACAUUCAAAUGGAUUGAAGAGACGUUCUCGUCUGUGAAUGUUCUCGUAAAUUGUGCAGGUCUUGGACAUAAUAUACCCGUAUUAAGUGACAGAGAUGAUGCAACCGAGAAGAUAAAUGACACGAUUGAUGUGAAUUUUACUGCUUGUAUUCAUGCUACACGUGAAGCUGUGAGAUUGAUUAAAAAAUCUCAAGAUUAUGGAAUGAUUAUUAAUGUUGCAUCGCUGUUCGGUCACAUUAUUCCAUUUCCAAUUGUUGGUAAUGUUUAUGCAGCAACGAAAUAUGCUGUUCGUGCAUUUUCUGAGAUUGUGCGACAAGAAUUAAUUAUCAGCGGAUGUGAAAAAAUUAAAAUAUCCAACAUAAGUCCAGGAACUGUGAAGACAAAUGUGCGAGUGACAGGUGGGUGGGAAAAUACAGAAGAAUUUUACAAGAACCGACCAUACUUGGAACCAAAGGAAAUUGGAAGUGCUGUUUUAUAUUUGCUAAGCACGCCUUACAAUGUUAAUGUCACUGAACUUACUAUACGACCUGUGGGCGAGAAAUUUUGA